AGAAGCAAGGCAACCUAUUAUUUUCCUUUUACACCAUUGUACGUAAAGAAUGACAGGAUAAGUUGAAUCUUUUUGGCACACCGUAGUUGCAUGAAAAUACACACUCACUCACACCAUCAAAGCAAAAGAAUUGUGUCGUAUUGGGACAUCUUUCUCCGUAUAAAGCAAAGGGCUUUGCCUCCAUGUCACGCUCGAUUCCAAACCCCUCUCUCUCUCAGUUCGAGAAAGUGCAACAUAUAAUCCCUCCAAUCUAUAAAGAAAACCACACACACCCUUAAUCCUUCGCAGUAAAAAAAGUUCUCAUUGCCUUAACUCCACCACCCCUCUCUCCUCUUCUCUUUCCCUCUUCUUCUUCUUACCCUAUUCCACUUCAAUUAAUCAUCAUGCAAUCAUAGAUAGCCUUUUCUUCUUUCUUUUCUUUUCUCUUCAUCAUCCAUAUGUCAUAGACAUAUCUCUCUAUCUUCCUCCUAUGACAUAAAAAUAUACAAAUAUAACACACAUAAUUAGCAAGAAGAAAACAAAAACUUGCAUAUGGGUGGUAGUAGUAGUAGUGGUAGUAGUAGUUCUUUCCCUCCAAGUUUCUUUAAAGCACUUCUUGUGGUGGGGCUUGUUUGUCUUCUUGUUUUGGGAAGCUUAGGUAGUGGUGAAGGAACAAGACAUCCAACUACACAAUGGUCUCAAGAAAGGGUCAAGCAUGAACGAGUGGUUGGUAGAGAUAAGCCUGUGGACAGUGCAGAAUUGGAUUUCAACUACAUGAGCAAAAGAAGAGUUCCCAAUGGACCAGAUCCUAUUCACAACAGGAGAGCUGGAAAUUCUGGCCGACCCCCUGGCCAAGCUUAGAAGUAACAAGGGAAGCUAGACAAGCUUCAGCAACCAUGCAAAAGAUGACACAAAAAUGUUAAUUAGCCAUGUACUUGUGAGAGAACUGAGAGUAGCUUCAUAUAUAUAAAAAUCCCCUGACUCUGACCUUCUUAGAAUUCUGUAGCUUGCAAGCAAGGGCUAAUCUCUAACUUGCGGAAAUUAAAUUUGUUAUGGGAAGAGUUGUUUGAGGCCUAACGAGGUAAGAAAAAAAAGGAAGGAAGCUUGUCCCACAUGAAAAAUAACCUCAAAAGAUAGUUUGAUCAGUUUCUACAGAAACUGCAAUUUAGUGAGAGUUUUUUUUUUUUUUUUGUGAACUUAAUGUGAUGAGAGGGUGGGUGGGGGGGCUAGCUGUGUCACAAAUUUCAAUGGAAUUGAGAUCAGUGCUUGCAUGUAAAGCAAUUAACGUACCUUUAAAGUUUAAAAGCCAAGAAAGAUGUAUGUACAAGAUGUUGUAGCAACAGCAGAAGCCAUGCAUGCUUUUGGAGGACUUAUACAAGUUCUCUAUGUUAAGGGGGGAAAAAAACAAAGGGUCUUGGCUUUGGUUUGCUCACUACUAUGUUUGGAAUUUUCUGUUUCUUGUUUUUGUUUUUUAUUAUUAUUUAUUGUAAAGAUUAGCCAUGAGCUCCUAAAGUAAAAGUAAAUUCCACCAUUUUAAAGGUGUUGGUGCACCUGUAAAAGAAGGGUGUUUGCA